AUGGCGGACCGCGCGGAGAUGUUUUCUCUCUCCACCUUCCACUCGCUGUCGCCGCCCGGCUGCAGGCCUCCUCAGGACAUAAGCCUGGAAGAAUUUGAUGAUGAAGACCUGUCUGAGAUCACCGAUGACUGUGGCCUGGGCCUCAGCUAUGACUCGGACCACUGCGAGAAGGACAGCCUCUCUCUGGGCCGCUCGGAGCAGCCGCACCCCAUCUGCUCCUUCCAGGAUGACUUCCAGGAGUUUGAGAUGAUUGAUGACAAUGAAGAGGAGGAGGAGGAGGAGGAGGAAGAGGAAGAGGAAGAAGAGGAGGAAGAGGAGGAAGAGGAGAAAGAAGGAGAGGACAAAGAGCGGGGAAGACCUGGCUCAGAAGCCGGUACUCUGGGGCCGCUGAUCCCCUCCCCCUCCCUGGAGGAGCCCCACAAGCACAGGCCCACCACACUGCACCUGACUCCCCUGGGAGCCCAGGACUCCCUGAACAACAACGGGGGCUUCGCCCCAGGGCCCCCAGCCUCCUGGCAGGAGACAGUGCUGUGCUCACCCCCCCAGGAGCCACUCCCAGAGCCGCCAGCCCGCCGCCCGCCCACCGCCGCCCGGCCCCGGGCGCAGUCACCUGGGGGUCCAGGUUGUGACUGCGAAGGGAACCGGCCCCCGGGCCCGCCAGCGCCCAGUGAGGCCUCGCCCUCCUCGGACCCCGGCAUCGAGGUGGACCUGGGCAGCGGCACCAGCGGGGAGCGCGGCCGGCGCAGCAGCCAGGAGCUGUCCUCGCCCGGCUCCGACUCGGAGGCGGAGGCGGCGGGCGCCGCGCACCUGGGCCGCAUGAUCUCGUCCAUCUCGGAGACGGAGCUGGAGCUGAGCAGCAGCAGCGGCCGCUCCUCGCACCUCACCAACUCCAUCGAGGAGGCGUCCUCGCCGGCCUCCGAGCCCGAGCCCGAGCCCGAGCCCGAGCCCGAGCCCGCGCCCGCGCCCCCGCGCCGCCCCGCCUUCCUGCCCGUGGGUCCGGAGGACACCAACAGCGAGUACGAGUCGGGCUCCGAGUCCGAGCCGGACCUCAGCGAGGACGCCGACUCGCCCUGGCUGCUCAGCAACCUCGUGAGCCGCAUGAUCUCCGAGGGCUCCUCGCCCAUCCUCUGCCCCGGCCAGUGCCUGUCCCCUGCGCCGCGUCCUCCUGGGGAGCCCAGGGCGCCGGCCGGCGGAGCCCCCGCGGCUGCGGGCCCGGGCGGCGUGGAGCUGGUGGACAUGGAGACGCUGUGUGGGCCGCCGCCCCCCGCGCCUCCCGCGCCCCGGGCCGGCCCCGCGCAGCCGGGGCCCUGCCUCUUCCUGAGUAACCCCACGUGCGACACCAUCACGCCGCUGUGGGCGGCCCCGGGCCGAACCGCCCGGCCAGGCCGGGCCUGCUCCUCUGCCUGCUCGGAGGAGGACGAGGACGAAGAGGAGGAGGAGGAGGCCGAGGACCAGCCGAGGCCUCCAGGGGGCAGGGGCGCGGGCCCCGAGGCCCCGCUGGACGCCUCGCUGGUGUACGACGCGGUCAAGUACACGCUGGUGGUGGACGAGCACACGCAGCUGGAGCUGGUGAGCCUGCGCCGCUGCGGCCUGGGCAGCGGGGAGGACAGCAGCGAGGCCAGCGAGGACGAGGCUGCCGCCCUGCUGGACGAGGGCCAGGGCCCCGAGGGCGCUUCCCCGGACAGCCCCGACCUCACCUUCUCCAAAAAGUUCCUCAACGUCUUUGUCAACAGCACCUCGAGGUCCUCCAGCACCGAAUCCUUUGGCCUCUUUUCCUGUUUGGUGAACGGGGAGGAGCGAGAGCAAACCCACCGGGCUGUCUUCAGGUUCAUCCCUCGCCACCCCGACGAGCUGGAGCUGGACGUGGACGACCCAGUGCUGGUGGAGGCCGAGGAGGAUGACUUCUGGUUCCGCGGCUUCAACAUGCGCACCGGGGAGCGAGGGGUCUUCCCUGCCUUCUACGCCCACGCAGUGCCCGGCCCUGCCAAGGACGUGCUGGGGAGCAAGCGGAGCCCCUGCUGGGUGGAGCGCUUCGAUGUGCAGUUCCUGGGCUCAGUGGAGGUGCCCUGUCACCAGGGCAACGGCAUCCUGUGUGCAGCCAUGCAGAAGAUCGCGACUGCCCGGAAACUGACUGUCCACCUGCGUCCUCCUGCCUCCUGUGACCUGGAGAUUUCUCUUCGGGGGGUCAAGCUGAGUCUGAGCGGUGGACCAGAGUUCCAGCACUGCAGCCACUUCUUCCAGAUGAAGAACAUCUCCUUCUGCGGCUGCCACCCUCGCAACAGCUGCUAUUUCGGCUUCAUCACGAAACACCCUCUGCUAAGCCGCUUUGCCUGCCACGUCUUUGUCUCCCAGGAGUCGAUGAGGCCUGUGGCCCAGAGUGUGGGCCGGGCCUUCCUGGAGUACUAUCAGGAGCACCUGGAGUACGCCUGCCCCACAGAGGACAUCUACCUGGAGUAG